GAAGUGGUUGUUGUUGACUUUGCGACGGUGUCACACUUGUGUGUGUGUUGGUGAGAUCCUUCACCAGCGUGUGAGUGGGUCGGACUUUUCCACCCAAGAAGAGCCCAAAGGGGGAGGGCACGUGAAAAUGAGUGACCGGCGCUGAGUGGCUCGAGGAUUGUGAAGAAUCUACUCCGGGGACGAGAGAGAUCUGUGCUUCUUGUACGCUUCCUGUCAAAGGUGUCCUGGCCUGCUGUGUUCUUGCUUUUGCUAUCCGCGUCCGUUGUUUUGAUGUGCUUACGUGCCCGGAAGUACCGGAAGUGUGUGUGGAAGUGCGUGCUCUAGGUUGGGACGACGCCUGAAUCGGUGCUACGGAAAGAUUCCUUUGAAGCUCACUCAAAAGAAGAAUCGGAUACUGUGGGUUGGGGAAGCUUCUUCAAGUUUCUGUUUUUCUUGUGUAUGUGUGUGCGCGUGUAUUGGGGCUGGUGUUUUUCUUCGUGACGGAUCUGAAAUUUUCACGGCAGUGUAAUUUCCAUGGAUUGCUCGGAUUUAUAACUUGGGUCGAACGCCUGCUGUGAUCUACCUGACCAGUUGUGCCAGCAUCUCUCUGAGCAGUGUAAGAUAGGGUGGGUUUGUGUCACUGGAGGUGCUCCAACUAGUCAGAUUUUCCAGGGUCGAGUGCCCCACCCUCCGACACGUAAGCCUGGCAAAAAUACUGCCUUGAAGGUCGGUUCUACAAGUGCUAGUUGGUCUGUACCCAGAAAUAUAAGUGUCUAACGGGUUCCAGAAUGCGGUGAAGCUUUCAAAGACAUCCCCAGGUUGACCGUAAUUGAUCAUCGGAGUCCGCCACCACGGAUUUGACAGAAGUAGACACGGUCUAGUGGGUUUCCAAGUGUGUGAGUGUGUGGCCGUGAUUGAGGGAGGCUGCGCAGGGGUUGUGGACAAGCCGGAACUCACCCCGGCGUCGUGAGAGACCAGCAACCGUGUGUGCUGUAACGCACACGGGGUUCUGUAACGGUAUUCGUGAGCCACAGGAUUCUGCCAAGGAUCCACGAAGCCCCAUAAGUUCCAAGCAGGUCAGUGUUACAGGAAAACCCGAACCGAGCAGACACACCGGCGCACGCAACCCCGGUGUGUGUUUCGUCCCUCCGGUGGACGCCGGUGGAAAGCAGCUGGCCUUGUGAGGGGGGAGCGCCCUCUGCGCCAGUUUGGAGAUCUUAAAAAUGUGAACAACUCUUGAAGCGGAAGUGCUACGUCGUUGGUCGUCACGAUUAAAGUGAUCUUUGAUUUUCGAGACAUUGUAAAAAUACUGUUCAUCGGUAAUUUUUUAUUGUUUGUUUGUUUUUUUUUUUGAGUUAACAAUCUCGCUUAUAAUUUUCGCGCGAGGUUUUUGGGUCGUCGUCGCGAUCGCGGAGAUUCGGCUGAACGUGACGUAACGUGCAAGCGAUUCAACCCAACCCAAAAAAAAAAAGGAUCAAAAAUUAGUGAUAACGGCACUAACAGAAGAGAGUAAACAAAAGUUGAAUAAUAAUUAGACGGAGCUACACGAGGCGCGAAGGCGCUUAUCUUUUGAAUUGGUGGUGGUGGGGGUACAAGGCGGAAAGGCGAAAGCAAAACAAGGUGCAAGAGGUGCAGAGUAGAGAGUAUUGUCGUUAUUCGAGGUGACGGUGCGUGAAAUCGGAAAGAAGCAGGAAGAAGGAAGUCUCGGAUUCGGGGGGUUAUAUUGAGGAAAAGCUGUAACACACUAAACAGAGCAAACUGGAACCGGAGGAAGGAGGUGGCACCAUGGCGGACGACGAAAUCCUCUUCGACGAUGUGUACGAGCUGUGCGAGGUGAUUGGAAGGGGUCCCUUCUCGAUCGUCCGUCGGUGCAUUCAUCGCGAGUCCAACCAGCAGUUUGCAGUGAAAAUUGUCGACGUGGCCAAGUUCACCGCCAGCCCCGGCCUUAGCACGUCCGAUCUGAAACGAGAAGCAACAAUAUGUCACAUGCUGAAACAUCCUCACAUUGUCGAGCUGCUGGAAACGUACAGCUCCGAGGGCAUGCUGUAUAUGGUUUUCGAAUUCAUGGAAGGUUCCGACAUCUGCUUUGAAGUGGUCAGACGUGCCGUGGCCGGAUUCGUGUACAGCGAAGCAGUGGCAUGCCACUACAUGCGCCAGAUUCUGGAGGCGUUGCGCUACUGCCACGAGAACGACAUCAUCCACCGGGACGUGCGACCGGCGUGCGCCCUGUUGGCCACCGCGGACAACUCGGCCCCGGUCAAGCUCGGCGGGUUCGGAUCGGCCGUCCAGCUGCCCAGCGGCCGCGAAUCGGUGGAGACGCACGAACCGCACCGGUCGUGCUUGAGUCCCCGAGGAAAGCUCUACCUUAAAUCCGACAGUGAUGGUCGCGUCGGCUGUCCACACUACAUCUCGCCGGAGGUCGUGUCCCGGCGGAUCUACGGCAAAGCGUGUGACGUCUGGGGUGCCGGCGUGAUGCUGCACGUGCUGCUGUCCGGUCGGCUCCCGUUCCAGGGCUCCGGCAAGCGGCUGCAGGAGGCCAUCGCGCGGGGCCGGGUCAUGCUCGACACUCAGGAGUGGAAGCACAUCUCGUCCACCGGCAAGGAUCUGGUGCUUAAAAUGCUCUCGCCGAAUCCAAUUAAUAGACCAACCAUCUCGGAAAUCCUUGAACAUCCCUGGAUGAGGGACCGUGACAAACUUCAGCGGGCGCACCUGGGCGACACGGUCGAGGAGCUGAAGCGGUACAACGCCCGACGCAAGCUGAAGGGUGCCGUCCAAGCCGUGGCCGGUGGAGUUGCCCUGGACCCGCUGUGCUGUGCCGAUACGGACUCAAUGGCCAUUGGGACCGCUUCGGAGAGCUUGAACGAGUGGGCCGACGAGGAGGCCGGUCUGGAGGCCAUCCAGAAGGUUCUGGACUCGCUGGACGACAUUAUUGCCCUGCAGGAUGCGAAUUGCGACCCGGAAGUGCUGGCCAGCAUGCUGCGGGACGUCAAACUGCACGAGCUGUUACAGUUGUACGAUAGAAUAAGUAGUUCCGUUAUUAAUCCGUUGCGGGCUCCGCCCGGGGACGCCAUCAGCCGCUGCCGGGACGUCGUCGAUGCCAUCAGUUCAGCCCCGGGCCACAAGCAGGCCCGCGAAAAAGCCGAACUCAUCAAUCUGCUCGGGUCGUCACACAUACAGGCUCUAUUACACACGCAUGACGUGGUAGCUAGAGAAGUAUACGGCGAGGAAGCGCUCCGCGUCACACCACCACCGAUCGCACCCUACCUGAACGGCGGCAACGACGACAUCGACAAUGGUGACACCGGCGACCUGCAGCACGUCACCCGCGUCCGGCUGGUGCAGUUCCAGAAGAACACCGACGAACCGAUGGGCAUCACGCUCAAGAUGACCGAGGACGGCCGCUGCAUCGUGGCCCGGAUCAUGCACGGCGGCAUGAUCCACCGGCAGGCGACGCUGCACGUCGGCGACGAGAUCCGCGAGAUCAACGGCCAACCGGUCCAGCACCAGACCGUCAGUCAAUUACAGCGCAUGCUGCGGGACGCCCGCGGUUCCGUUACGUUUAAGAUAGUUCCUUCAUAUAGAAGUGCCCCACCACCGGUCGAGCUGUUCAGGAUAAGACCGGCGCCCGUCUUAGUUGACCAGAUUUUCGUUCGAGCCCAGUUCGACUACGACCCGUUGGAUGACGAGCUGAUUCCGUGUGCCCAGGCCGGGAUCGCGUUCCACGUCGGGGACAUACUGCAGAUUAUCAGCAAAGACGACCACCACUGGUGGCAGGCGAGACACGAUGCCGCUGGCGGAUCGGCCGGGCUGAUACCGUCGCCCGAGCUGCAGGAAUGGCGCAUUGCCUGCCAGUCGGCGGACAAAACCCACAAGGAACAAGGAGAAGUAGGGCCUGGUUGCUCAGCACACGCAGAAGGAUGUGACGGAUCUACAGCAGUAAAUUGCUCAAUAUUUAGCCGUAAAAAGAAGCAAUGUCGGGACAAGUACCUGGCCAAGCACAACGCCGUCUUCGACCAGCUGGAUCUGGUGACCUACGAGGAGGUCGUCAAGGUUCCGGUUGGCGAUCCGGCCUUCCAGCGGCGUACCUUGGUUUUGCUCGGAGCCCACGGCGUUGGUAGACGUCAUAUCAAGAAUACCCUCAUAGCUAAGUACCCGGACAAAUACGCUUAUCCGAUACCACACACCACCCGACAGCCGCGACCGGACGAGGAAAACGGUCGCAGCUACUACUUCAUAUCACACGACGAGAUGAUGGCGGACAUCGCGGCCAACGAGUACCUCGAGUACGGCACCCACGAGGACGCCAUGUACGGCACGAAGCUGGAAACGAUACGGCGCAUCCACGCUGACGGCAAGAUGGCGAUCCUGGACGUCGAACCACAGGCCUUAAAGAUACUGCGCACCGCCGAGUUUACGCCGUACGUGGUGUUUAUUGCGGCGCCCCUGCUGCAGAACAUUGCCGAUUACGACGGCAGCCUGGAGCGGCUGGCGAAGGAGUCGGACAUGCUGCGGCAGGCGUAUGGCCACUUCUUCGACCUGACCAUCGUCAACAACGACAUCGGCGAGACGAUAGCGAUGCUGGAGAACGCAAUCGACAAGGUGCAUUCCACGUCCCAGUGGGUGCCCGUGUCGUGGCUGUACUGACAAGAUAGCGAACUAGAAUGCCCGGCCUGUCUCGAGGAGGAGUGCGACUGCGACUGUGACUGCGAGGUAGAUCUCAAGUAAAGGGCAGUAAUUGGUCGGAUGCAAAAGAACAAGAAAAAAACUUACAGGACACCGGUAACCGAACACGGAACUUGAUGUAGUGAAACGUAAACAAGAAACAAACAAAAAAACACAGGAAAUUUAUAACCUUUGGAAUGAAGAAUAAACAGAUUUACCUAAGUUCAACCAUGGUUUACUCACAAAAAGUGAUGUGUCGUGUGCAGCAAACAACAAAAAGUCAGUUAAAUUGAAGUGUUUUGAAAAAAAAUCUAGUUAUUGUUUUAAUAAAACAAAUAAACAAACAAAAAUAUCUACUACUACUACUACUACUACGUCAAACAAAAAAAAGGCCGAUUUUAUAUUAUCAAAGUAGGAACAAAACACAAAACCAUAAAAAAAUGAUAAAUUCACUUACCACAUUGGAAAGUCAUCUUUUCAAGAUCACGAGUCAUCACUUCAGGAUCACUUCAUUUCAGUUAAAUGUCAUUAGUAGGAGAGAAAAAAACACAUUUACGGCGGAAGAAAAAUUAAGAAAAUCAUCGAAUUUCAUAAAGAAAAACAAACAAACAAAUUGUUACUUUCGAAUAAAACCAACAAAAAAAAACAAAGAAGAAAACAUAUAGAAAACGAGCAAAAGCACAAAAACCAACGCGUUUCUAUGGGUAAGAAUGACCAGCUAAAAAUAAAAAAAUGAACACGAAGCAUAAAUAUUAACCAAGGUUGCAGAACACGCGCUCUUAUCCGACUCCAUUUCUACCCACUUUCCCGAUUGCAAAAUAGUAACAAUACCGAAAUCCCAAAACAAACUCACACUUCAAAAGGAAAACAAAACAAGAUUAACUAAUAACGAAGUGAUAGAGCAAACAAAAUAAAACCAACACAAAAGAAAUGGCACACAAAUACACACAAACACGCAGACACUAUGCAAACUAUGCAAAGAGUAAACAAGCGAAACGACAGUUGUCAAAGAACGACAACAAGUAAACCAGAGACAUAAAGAAAAAGAAGAGAAAAGAAAACCGCGGAGGAAAAUAUUAGUUAGACUUGAUAUUAACCAAAAACAAAUGUUAACAUGAUUAUUAAUAAUUAAAGGUAAAAGAAGUAUAAUUAAAACAAAACAGAUGGAAGCAAAGCUAAAAACCGUAUAGAAGGAAUAAAGAAGAGACGGAGACGAGACAGAUGAAACAGCAAAAGAAAUGUAAGGACUAACUAUUAAAAUCCAAAAGUAAUAGAGAAAAAACAUAAUUUAAAGGAUGCGGAAAUGGUUGAGACGUAGCGAGAUUUUUAUCAUUUGAACGAGAACGUAUAAAAAAAAACAUAACAAAACAAAACAGGACGAGUGAAAUUUGACGUUUCAGCAAGUAGCAAAUUCAGCAAACAAGAAAAAAAAUAACACAAACACAGAUUUAUUGGAAAAGUUUCAGGGUUGAAUGGUUUAACUUAAAAAUAGUAGUCAAUCACAAGCGUGGAAGGUGGAAAUUACCGAAAGCAGACAUGAUCCACAAAGUGUGGAUUGUGAGUAGGAAGGAUUCAAAAUUUGCGUUACUAGCCAACAUUUAUCCCCAUUUCCGAGCUGAGUUGUUGAUGUACGUAAUCGUUGUUAAGUUUUACAUUGUUUAUGUUGGUUUCCGUAAGUUAUGCAACGGUUUAAGUUUUUUGAAAACAUUCCUGACGAUCCAGGAAAUGUUAAACACUUUUUUUACGAUGGUUAGUUGAAUUUUGCUUUUUUUAAUAACAGCAGUAUUAUGUUUGAAUUAUGCAUUUUCUUUUAAAAUUGCAAUUUAUAUAUUUUAUUUGAUUAAUUCAAAUAAUGUUUAAAGCAUGUUGCAAAAUAGCCAAUUACUAAUCACAAUGACAACGGUUCGAUAACUUGCUUGUGCCAACGAUGUCAACGUUACACGAUUAUUUCAUUUAAAUUGAAAUAAUAACUAAUUGGCACGUUGACAGAAGCACUAGCAGAAAGUUCUGCUCGGCAAAACAUGCGAGAAAUACUAAAACACACAUUUUAAAUUUUCCUCUACCUUGAACGAAAACACACUCACUCUCACAGACAAACACCCUAUUCCACAAUGAUUUGAGAACUCGGAAAGAUAGAACAAUCAACUGUAUGAAAUCUAAGAGCUUCUUUCUCAAACGUAACAGCCAAACGCUCAAAAAAGGUUUGAUUUUUGCUGUCAAAUUACACAAAAAAUGUUGCUGUGGGUUACAUUCCAACUCUGUCAACAUAUUUUGCACAAUUUUUAGGCAAAAAGUCACACUCGUUAGAAGAAAUUAAAUAAAUUCGGAAAGAUCACUAAAUUCAACAAACAAAAAAAAAUACACAAUAAAACAUUUUUGGACAUUGCAACAUACGCAAAAUAUGCUAUUCAUAUUUAACAAGACACACAAACUUUAACUCACAUACACACACAAACACACACACACAAAACAAAAACAGAAACGGUGUAAACAAUACACAAAAAUAUUCAGCUAACACAAAAUUUCAAUUACCUAAAAAUCCCUGAAAACCGAGCAAGCAUAAGAAAGAAAGAAAACCCGGUCAGCUGAACCUUACAAGCAAAUAAAUUAUGUUACGAUCGCUAAAUUUUACAACUCUGGAGUUUUUUUUUUAAGGUCAAUAAACCAAAUUUCACGUUUUUGCUUUUGGGUGUUUUUGAAACCGCCCUGAGUCAGGGGUAUUAAAAAACACUAAAAAAGCAAAAACUGAAAAUUUGGGUUAUUGGACCUUUAAAAAAAAAACUUCAGAACUAUAUGACUUGAUCAAACAACUGUCAUACGUCAAAGGGCUAAGAUAAAUCGGAAUGUUUAAUGAAAUCGUUCAACCUUUCAAACAGCCAAAAGCAAGCAAAAACAAAAAUCGUUGCGUAAUGAAAUGGAUCCACAGUGGAUACAGCAAACAGAUAGUGUAUUGUAAUAAUAUAAUUUUAUUAGUUUAUUUUUUUGUUUUUGGAUGAGAAAAAAUUCUAAUAAAAUGAAGUUAAUAAAA